AUGGCUGACUUUGUCAAGGGACUGUUCGGCGCCCAGAAGCCCGUGGUGGCUCCUGCUGACGAUGGUGACUUCGCCGACUACGCGGGCGCGCCUGACCCAUCGCCGGUGGACCACGCCUCGCUGACCACCUCGUCUGUGCCUGCGGCCGCGACCGGCGUUGCUGGCCGCCCCUACACGGCAUGGUACCGCGUGUGGGAGCGCACCACGCUCGACGACUUCAAGCUGGAGAUGUACAUCCUGCCCUUCCUGCUCGCCCUCGUCAUCGUCCACGUCUGGGGCACCAAGCGCAACCGCAGCAAGGCCCGCAGCUGGGCCAAGUCGCAUGUGCCUGUCCUGCAAACCGAGUUCGUCCAGGUCGGCUACCUCAAGCCGGCCGAGGGUGCGAACAGCGUUGGUGAGGGCGACCUCGCUGGCGCCCUGACCGAGGCCGCGAAGCUCGAGAACGUCCUCCGCGAGAAGAAGGCCGACGAGUACACUACGUACGCGACCGGCCGCCAGAACGUCGCCUUCAUCGAUCUCAAGUUGACACUCGCCAAGCGCUUUAACCCCUUCUUGCGCUUCGGCGAGCAGAUCCUACCGCUGUUCUUGGAGAGCUUCCCGCCCCCGCAGGAGCGCCUCGAGGCCACCGCGUACGUGUUCGACGGCCAGGAGACCAGGAUCGCCCCGGUGUACGGCAAGACCGAUGCGAAGAAGGUGCCCAACAGCUCCUUCGACGGCUUCGUCUUCGCUGUCGUGCACAAGGACAUCAUGAAGCGCCUGCGUGACGACCGCUACGACUUGUCCCUCACCACCACCCGCGACCACGCCAAGCUCCCCGUCUGGACCACCGUCAUGAGCGAGAGCGCCGAAGUCACCGACACCCUCCUGACCCCCGAGCUCAUCAAGGCCAUCCAGGAUGCCGGCGACGCCUUCGAGGCCCUGAUCGUCACCGACCAGCCCAUGGACCAGCCCAAGACCCUCGACGACACCAAACCCCGCAAACGCAUCAACCUCUCGCUCAAGCUGCAGUCCAACCACGCCAGCACGCUUCCCAUCUUCACUCAGUUCCUGCGUCUCCCUGAUGCGCUCGUGUCCAACGCACGCUUCCGCCCCGAGGCCCUGCGCCGCAUCCGGCAAACGCGCGAAGAACAAAUCGCCAAGAUCCGGCGCCUGGACGAGGAGGAGAAGGCCGAGGAGCGCAAGCUGGCGGCCGACAAGCUGAAGAAGGAGCAGCGCGACGCCAAGCUGGGCCGCCUGAGUGCCGAGGAGCAGAGGAAGUUCCUGGAGAAGGAGAGGGAGAAGAAGAGUAAGAAGGGCAUGAAGAAGAGCACUGUGAAGGCUUAG